AUGUCAAGUGCAGAGUAUUUUCUCGUCAAAGAAGAGCCAAAGGAGAUUAAACUCGACAUUAUUUCAGAAUCUAAGGUGGACGAUCCAGAUUAUUCACAGGAUAUUGUGUCAGAUGGUGGUCAAGUUAAUGUAACAAAACAAGAUGAUCAAGAUACUCAUCACAAAGAUGAAGAAGAAGAUGAAGAAGAAGAGGUUAAGGCAAUAUUUUCUUCUCGAGAAUCUAAAAAGCCAUGUUUAGCACAGUCCGAGGUAGAAGAAUAUGAUAAAGGGUUCAAAACGCCGACGUCUUCGGAUCACAAAAUCCCAGUGGUCAAGCAGUGCCCGCCAGCACCAAGAAAAACCAGAUCAUCUACGAAAAGAAAAUUAUCGCCAUCAAGAAUUCGUAGGCGCCUCCAGCUUGAUGUGUCGGCCGAGAUCGAAUCAAUGUUCCCUCCAAGGCCUCGAGAUGAUAAUGAACACAAAAUCAAGAAAGCUCGAAGCAAUGAUGAUGAAUAA